AUGUCUACAAUAACAAGAAAGAGAAAUAACGUUGAGAAAGUCUUUAAAGGUACAAGACAAAAAGCCCUUCUGGUGACACAUUUCAAAGAACCAUUGAAGUUGAUUGAGGACUUUGAGGUUCCUGAACUUGGCGAAUACGAUGUGUUGGUUCAAAAUAAAGCCGUUGGACUAAAUCCCAUUGAUUGGAAAGGUAAGAAGUACGGGUUUGGCAUAUACCACUUCCCAUGGAUUAAUGGUCGUGAAAGUAGUGGUGUUAUAAUAAAGGCCGGAACUAAAGUUGAUAGCUAUAAACCAGGUGACAAGGUUAUUAUUAGCUCUACAAGCUAUAGAGACAACAGAACCAGUACAUUUCAAGAGUAUACUUCUAUUGAUUCUCGUUUGGUUUGGAAAUUAUCUGAUCAUCUUUCUUUUGAAGAUGGAGCCACUGUAGGAGUCGGCUUGGUUACAGCUGGUGUUAUCUUAUAUGAAACUUUCGGUUUCAAGCUUACGUCAGAGGUUGAAAAACGGUCUGGGACUUUACUUUUAUGGGGAGGUAGUACCAUUGUGGGCCUUUAUGUUAUUCAAUUAGCUAAACUCCACGGUUUGAAAGUGAUUGCAGUUUCAAGCUCUUCCCACAACGAAUAUCUCUCCAAGUUGGGGGUUGAUCACAUAAUUGACCGCCAUUUAACCAAACAUGAGAUUAUUUCAAAAGCUGUUGAAGCUGAAAAUGACAUAAGAUUUGGUGUGGAUUGUGUUUCCAAAGACACUGCAGCCACUGUCGCUGAAAUCCUUGAUAAAGGUUCCAGUAAUCUUUCCAAGGAAGAAAAACCUUUACUUGCAGCCAUUGUAGGAAAGCCUAAAGAGAUUCCGCCUUCAGUGCAGCUUAAAGAUGUUGUUAUUAAAAAAUUUCAUGAAAAUAUUGACUUUGGUAAAAAAUUUGUUGAUGUUACUACUACCUUUUUAGACAACAAACAAAUACAGACCGUUAAAUAUAAAGCCUAUAAUGGUGGGCUACACUUGAUUGGUGAAGCAUUGAAGGACCUAGAGGAAAUUGGUGCAAAAGGUGAAAAAUACGUGGUUACUAUUUAA